CGUCCGCUGCCGGCUGCCAGACCCGCCAGUGCGCUGGCCCGCGAGGGGCGGCGAGCGUGCGGGACGGGCGUGCGCACGGGAGAGGUCGGUGGAGGGCGCGUGGGCGGCUGGGAGAGGAUGGGAAUCCCUGGGACCCGCCGCUGAGCUAGCCCGAGCGGCGGGAAGGCCAGCCUCGCUGUUCCUCCGGGAGCCCAACACCGUUCCCGCGCCGCCACGAUGAUCCCCCCGAGCGGCGCCCGCGAGGACGGCGUGGACGGGCUGCCCAAGGAGGCGCCGAGCGCCGAGCAGCCACCCUCUCCUGCAUCCACCAGCAGCCAGGAAUCCAAGGAAAAGAACUCUCGGGAGACAUCUGUACCGGAUGUACAUUUCCUUGGCCAGAACCAUGUCACGGCCAUUUCCAGCUGUAAGGAAGGCUGGGCACACUGCUGUUCCACGCCAAAUGGAGAUUGUGUAAGAAAAAGAGAAGCAGAAACCGGAAGUUGGCUCCAGAAACUAAAACGAUCACUUUCUUUCAAGACCAAGAGUUUACGGAGCAAAAGCGCUGACAACUUCUUCCAGCGAACCAACAGCGACGUGAAACUGCAGGCGGACAUGCUGGCUGAGGUCAGCCCCAGCUCUAGCCCACUCCCCACCUCUGGAAGCCUGACGUCCACACCCACCAGGGCUGGCCUGCACCCAGGGGCUGGCAGCAAGGCCCACACCUUUCAGGAGUACAUCUUCAAGAAGCCCACUUUCUGUGAUGUCUGCAACCACAUGAUCGUGGGAGUAAACGCUAAGCAUGGGCUGCGCUGCAAGGCCUGUAAGAUGAGCAUCCACCACAAGUGCAUGGAUGGCCUAGCACCCCAGCGGUGCAUGGGCAAGCUGCCAAAGGGGUUUCGGCGUUACUACAGCUCCCCCUUGCUCAUUCAUGAACAGUUUGGAUGCAUUAAAGAAGUUAUGCCCAUCGCCUGUGGCAAUAAGGUGGACCCUGUCUAUGAGACCCUCCGCUUCGGCACCUCCCUGGCCCAGAGGACGAAGAAGAGCAGCUCCGGCAGUGGCUCUGAUUCACCUCACAGAACCUCUACUUCAGAUCUUGUGGAGGUUCCUGAAGAAGCUGACGGGCCAGGAGAAGGGUAUGACCCACGGAAACGCAGCAACAGUGUGUUUACGUAUCCAGAAAAUGGCACUGACGAUUUCAAACACCAAGCAAAGAACAUAAAUCACCAGGGAUCUCUUUCCAAAGAACCAUUACAGAUGAACACCUAUGUUGCCUUGUACAAAUUUGUACCACAGGAGAAUGAAGAUUUGGAAAUGAGGCCAGGAGACAUGAUUACUCUUCUAGAAGAUACAAAUGAAGACUGGUGGAAAGGGAAAAUUCAAGACAGGAUUGGCUUCUUUCCUGCCAACUUUGUUCAGAGAGUACAACAAAAUGAGAAGAUUUUUAGAUGUGUUAGGACCUUCCUUGGGUGUAAAGAACAGGGGCAGAUGACACUGAAAGAGAAUCAGAUCUGCGUGACUUCUGAAGAGGAGCAGGACGGCUUUAUCAGAGUACUCAGUGGAAAGAAGAGAGGCCUCGUCCCCCUGGAUGUCCUAGAAAACAUCUGAUUGCUGGCCCCUCCUGCUUUUGCAGUGGCUGGGCUCCGCUGCGAUGCCUCAUCUCACACUGUGUCCACGCAGAGGAGCUGCCACACUGACCUGCCUCCCGGAAAACAGUGAGACAAGACUCACGGAUCCGAGACUGGGGUACCAGUCACGAGGCAGAGGGCCCAUCCCGCAGCAUUGCUGGGCUUCCCAAGGUGGGGUGAGGCUGAGAGAGCUGAGUACCAUGCAGGUGGCUGCUGCGGCAGGGCGGUCCCUGAGGACUCACCUCAUCCCCGUCCACGUGAUGUAAGUUAGCCUGCUGGAGCAUGCUCCAGCUUGCAGUGUGGGCCCAGCACAAGGCUCGGAUCCCCACAGCCAAGUGUGAUUCUGGUUCCAGAUGCGUGUCCCCUGUACUGGCCCAUCCGCAUCAUCACAUUUGCGGUCUCUGUGCAGAGCAUCA